UUCAACCAGACAAGUUUAAUUAGAUCCUAGAUGCCACAACCGGGACUGCUAUGUAUGUAAUUCUAUCAACGCUUUGUCUUGCACGUCCCUGAUCAAAGCGUUCUCCCGCAAGCAGUAUGGCAGUAACCGCUGGAUAUGUCACUCGUAAGCAACUUCUUCUUUGUUCGCAUAUUAUCUGGAUCUAUUUAGUGCCAUAACAAUAAGUAUUAGAACCUAGUUACUCUUGAUUUGGCUUUUGACGGACUAGUCAGAGCUUUUACAUUAUAAGCUACAAUUAAAAUGGCAGAACACGGAGGUUUGGCAGGUCCCGAUGAAGUCAGCUACGAUCCCAGCAUAUUCGAGGAAAAGUAUCGAGCGCAGAAUUGGAGGUUCUCUCGAUACCGACAAUUCGGCCACAGGGAACCCUCCUCUAGGCAAUUUGCCCAGAACAGGGCUCAGUGGUUGGCACACCCGUUUCCAAGAGCAGGUUCACCUCAGAUCCGAGGAGGAGGAGAAGAAUUUCCGUCAUUUUAUUACAAUCCUUACAUAAGAGAGGGAGUUAGAACACUUAACGAGCGGGCACUGAACAGACUCGAGGAGGCCAGAAACUAUUUUAUUCACCAGGGAAGAUUCGAUUAUAUAAGACCACUAGGCUACGGUGGUUUGGGACUAACUAUUCAAUUCAAGUGGCGGGGUUCAGAAGUUGGACGUGAAGACCGAGACAUCGUAUUGAAGAUAGGUCUCAAGGGAUGGGUUAGUUUGGAUAUCCGCGAUGAAGAGGAAAUGACGAGGCAAAUGUCACGAGCGGCCCACGUUAUCCAGGCCAUCGACCCCGUAGAGGUAGGAAUGCCCCCCAAAACAAAAUUUGUAUUUCCGGAGGUACCCCGAUAUGAUUCAAGUGAUGAAGGGGAAUCCAGCGGCGACGAGAGCCGCAGUGACGAACCAGCUCAGGGGGUACCCACUCGGAGGUGGCGAAUGGAAAACGAGCCCGAGCAGAUGCUAGAGAAAAUCAGACUACACGAAGAGAGAUUGGCCGCAAGGCGCGCCGAACUCUCUACAUGGGCAAAGACCUUUAAGACAGUAUCUACAUUGAUAAGCCGGGGGGAAGAGGUCGAUCCUCAACUUAUCAGGUCGUGGGACCUAGAAUAUAAGGACUUCCUCCUUCUUGAGUUUAUGCAACUUGGUGACCUUGCCCACGCUAUUUCUAAAAUACACGGAAUGGACGGGAAUAUUCCUAACCGUGUCCUCUGGUCAUUCUGGCACUGUUUGGUUAAAGCUUGUAUCGCUAUGUGUUAUCCCCCACGGAAAUUCCACCCCAGGCGUCGCGGGAGACCCCAAGAUCAUGCAGAUGAAGCCGAGAUUGAUGAUCUAAGAAGGAGACAAGAAGCUGGCGAAGAUGUUGUCGUUGGGAAAACCUUGGGCAAUGAUCUUUUCGAAGAAAUCCCUGUCGCGAAACGCAGGUGGGCUCGCAAGAAUCUGGUCCAUUUCGAUAUUGAUCCCAGCAAUAUAUUCAUCGCCCCUCCUGACUUCGGUGCCAGAGACGGCGAGCAUGAUUUAAUCCCUAGGUUGAAGCUUGCCGACUUUGGGUGUGCCCGCUUUAUAAAGCAAAACAAGGGAAAUGCAUAUUACCUCGAGAGGCGUCGAAUGGCCAAACAAGGAUACUUUGCCCCUGAACAAUUCGGUAUUGAAUGGGAACAUAUCGCACCUGUGUUUCCCGAUGGCUGGGAGCUUUCCGAGCAACCGGUUGCUGGUAACUACUGGUCGGCGAUGAACAUAUGGGGAAUUGCAUGGAGUAUGUGGAUGCUCAUCACGGGGUGCCACGUACCAGAUGCGCCCCAAAGGCACGAACCAGAAGACCCGUCCGAGCCGAUCCAUUAUUGUCCGGCAAUACUCGAUGACUUUGACUACGGAAAUGUUGAUAGGGAACUUCGAGAAACGAUUGCGGCAUGCAUGAGACAUGACCCCCGUGAUCGUCCGACCCUGAUAGAAUUGUCGGAGCAGGCGACGAGAAACACAAAAAAGAUGUUUCCAGGCGAGUAUGACGACGUGAUUGAGGCUUGGGUAUUGAGAAUAUUCUUCCAGCCUGAAGGUUCGGCUGAUGAUGACGAUGCCUCGGCUAGUACCACUGCAUAUUCCCCAGGCGAUGCGGAGGGUGAGCCGAUGGUAGUUGAUUGAUAGAUGGAGAAGAGACCGUGGGUGGAUGAAUAGUCAAAGCUGAGUAACUUGGGUAAGACCUUUAUUAUACAUUGUAUUUAUGAAUAUUAUUU